UAAAACUGUCGCGAAGUCUCACUUCACGGCAGUGUUUGUCGAAAUUUUACAUUGAGCUUGAUUACAAACAUAAAGCUAGUUACAAGAGUCUUCAAUCUUGUCGGAUUUCCAGGUGGCAGUCAUCGAGACACGUGUGAAGAUGAGGAAGCGACCAAACAUACUGUUAACAGGAACCCCUGGUGUUGGCAAGACCACUCUAGGAAAGGAGCUGGCUCAGCGGACAGGGCUGACCUAUGUUAACAUUGGAGAUCUGGCCCAGGAAGGUCAGCUUUAUGAUGGUUAUGAUGAAGAGUACCAGUGCCCUAUUUUGGAUGAAGAUAGGGUGGUGGAUGAGCUGGAUGAGAAAAUGGUAGAAGGUGGUGUCAUUGUUGACUAUCAUGGCUGUGACCUAUUCCCUGAACGCUGGUUCCACAUCGUCUUUGUCCUCCGCACUGACAACACCCAAUUGUACACUCGGCUAGAGAGCAGGGGUUACACAGGAAAGAAGCUUCAGGACAAUGUGCAGUGUGAGAUCUUCCAGACCAUCUAUGAAGAGGCCACAGAGGCUUACAAUGAGGAGAUUGUUCAUCAACUCCCGAGCAACACUCCGGAUGACCUGGAGCGCAACCUGGAACAGAUAAUGCAGUGGACUGAGCAGUGGACGAAGGACCAUAACUAAGGGCCAAACUCUACCAGGUUAACAAAUAUUAUGGACAAUUAAACCUGAAUUCUCCGUCUUUUUGAAUCUUCACUUAGCUGCCAUGAACACUGAUACGUUCAAAAUAUAAUAGUUUUCUUCAUUGACCUAUUUUACCUGCCUUUAAUUUGUCGGGGUGGCUGUUGAAACUAGUAGUUGAUUGUAAGAAACACUGGCACGGGAUUCUAAUAACCCAUUGCAUGAUUUUUUUAAUUUGUGUCAAAUGAAAGCACUUUCAAUGCUGAGUUCAUAUUAAAGCUACACAAUUAAUAAAAUAUUAGUCACAAUCUGGCUUACCAGAAUUUAAUAAAUAUGAUUGACUGUGAUACUGACAUUUAAAAUGCUCAGUUCAGUCCAUGUAGAUAAAAUCACUUGAUUUCAGCUUGGGUAAAUCUGAAAACAGAGCACCUUUUUUCACUUUUUUGGUCACUACUUUUUUGGUCACACACCUCUUUGAGGCGCUGCAGUAACUCAGUGAAGAUUAGAGGCUUCUCUGCACAGCCACACAGUAAGCCUUUGUGUGAGGCCUUUAAGGAACACUGGAAAUUGCACUUCCUGUCAACAAGCAGAUGUUCAUUUAAGGUACAGUUGCAUUUAUAUUCAGCCUCUAGGAGAUGCUCUGAAUUCAGGUGAAGGUUAAGUCUCAAUUCAAUGCUGAUACGGACAUUACCAGAUAUGAAUGCAGUGCUCUUUUUAUUUCAAAUUACAAAUGCAAUUAAAAUGAAAUACUCAUGAUCAAAAAUAAUUGUGAUUAUUAUAUUAUUAAUUGUGCAGGUUUGGAGCAGGUUUCUCCUAGUGGUGUUUUUGCAGCAAGGCUACAUAUCAAACCUCCCUGACAAAGUAACGUGUGAUGUCAUCCCAUUUUAAGUUGUAAUCAAAAGCUGCUGAUCUUUGAGUUCUUCUUUCUGAGGCAGUUUGGUUGAAGUCGCUAAAAAGAAAGUUGCACUAAAGAAAAUGUUACACGGCACACCCGCAAAUAAUCAUUUUGAUUAUGUUACUAAAAUUAAGUAUCUAUCAAGUCUUUGCAGGGCUUCUGAUGAUAAUGCAAGAACCAAAUGAACAUAUAAUAGUUAUGAUUAAAAUUCCAGUUGGAGGUAAAUCUCAUUCUGUGAUUUUUUUUUUCUUUUAGCUUCUUUCUAUUCAGAAAUAUGUUAGGGUACAGUAGUAGGACCUGAUCAAAUUUAUGGUAUUUUUAUUUGCAUCUCGUAUAUCUAAAUUUCAAAUCAUCCCAUAAGUGAUUUUUUUUUUAAAUUAUUUAAACAAAGUUUGUGUUUGAGAGCUCUGGCUUUUGUGGACUAUAUACCCAUCCCUUGUUUAUUUGUUUAUUGGUUUGUUUUCUUUUGUCCCAUACUGUCAAAAUGUCUUGAAUGGUGUAACCACAAACAUUACAGCAUAUAUUGUGGACUUAAGGAUUUUUUGUUCCAUUUUUUUCUUGCUUGUGUUUUUGCUUCGUGUCUAAAGUUUUGCCACUCAACUGAAAAUAAAGAUUGCAAUGCCA